AUGUCCUUUAAUCAGCCCAAUCUGGGCCAACUUCAAAUCAUCAGCGCCACAUUCGGCGGCCAGGACAUCACCACCGCCGCGCGCAACACUCUCCUCAAAGCAUUGACCUUGAACCCGUCGCUGCAAAUAUGGUCUUUUCAACUCGCUGGCCGUUCGUUCGGGGAGGAUCCAGAUCCCAACGUCUUGAAGUGUCUGACCCUUGUCUAUCGCAACAGCAUUCCUGCUUCGACGGACUGGAGCGCACCGAAAAGUAUCACCAAACAAGAAGGGGCAUCGGUAAACAUCCCCUUCGAUGGGAAGAAUGAUGUUGCCUGGUCGCCGCCCUCCACCUUCGACCUGCCAGCGAACGGGCUGCUGAUCAUCGCUGCUUACUGGUGGACGGGCGACGUUACCGAGCUAUUGAAAGCGAAGUUUGCUGCAAUGCAAGCGACGGCCAAUAAGCCGACGAUCUUGCAGAUUGGAACGGACCUCUUAGGCACUGCUCCCACCUUGCCAACAGACGUGAGAACAAAGAGAACAUUUUCAGUGACCUAUGGGCUAGCCACCAGUGUUGGGUUCAAGUUCGGCGUCGCGGUCGGCAAUCCACCACAAGAUGACACGCCUGAUUGGCCUGUUCAGCUUCCGUUUGCUUUUCCGCCGGCACAGACACCGAUGUAUACUUACCAAGGCGUCUUUAUAAACCUCAAAAACGCAAGUACUGACGACAAAUACUUGUAUCCCAAGGUCGUCGCUCUGGAUGGUUCCCCCUAUGGGAUGGCCUUGAUCACGGAUAUGAGAUUGCACCAGCUGGCUGCUGAAGUCGAUCUAGGGCAAGAUGUCGACUUAGCCUUGGUAGAGCGUGCAGGUUGCAUUGAAGGGGAUCGAUACUACGUAGGCUUUACAGCCCGUACUGCAGCAGCCCCCAACGGAACGAUCGCAGGGGAUUCAUGGCUCGUUGACACCAGGAUCCAAGCGAGUACGGCAGCUACCAAGAUGAUUAUAAGCGUGACUUGGUCAACAGAUACCAACGGCGUACCCAGUGUCGAGUGGUCAGGCUUGACGCCACGUUCGAUGAACUUCACCAACGCUGAUCUCCGCCUCAACAUCUACGCCUGCGUCUUCGGGGGUGUCGACUGCACCCAGUGGUUUCGCCAGCAAUACGUAACCAGCGUGCUCCAAACCCCUCCCACCAACGCCAUCAACCAAUACGUCUUCACGCCCACGACCUCGUUCUUCGGGGGAGAUCCCCAACCCAACAUCCGCAAAGUCUGCAUCAUCAUCUACCGACUCGCCUACGCCGUCAGCUCCACCAACGGCAUUAUAACCAACCCCUCCGACCCGCCCAUCACCGACCCAAAAUGGCAGGACGGCUCUUCGCUCCAACCGUUCCACACCGCCACCUACCCGAUCCUCAAAAACAUCUCCGACUUCCGCACCGCCGCGCAAACCGAAGACGUCCCUCUACCCAUUGAUCUGCUCAGCAUCGACCAAACCCCCAUCGUCUUCCCCAUGAGCAACUACCCCUUCAUCGCCGCCGCCCUCUGGCAAGACACCCCGAUCACCGAGCGCGUAAAAGCCCUGAUGGAACCCUACCCGCCCCUCCCCACAACCACGGACCUCACCUUCCUUGUCAGCGCCGCCUCCGAGGCUCUCCACAUGGACGAACCCUGGCCCGAUACGCCGAAACAGACAGUCGUGCUGUACGGCCUCAAGACCCCCGCCACUUCUCCCCCCGGCCUCUACACCUACGCCCUGAAAAUCUCCUUCAACAACCCUAACGCGCCGUACACUUUCACAAUGCCGAUUACGCUGGAUGCGCUGCCCCUGAAUACUGCGUGGCCCGCCCCAACGAUGGGGAGCUCUGCGCGGAGGGAGCCGACGUAUCGAUACGUCACCUUCUUUAAUAACACGGAUAAUGUGAUGGCAGGGGAGGCGGUGCAGGCCGUCGAUCUGUGGCCGCAGGUCUGCAAGCAGGAUAGUGCCACGUGGGAUGCGUGGGAGAGGGGGAAGGGGAAGGGAUGA